GUUUCUGUUAUUUGAUUCUAUUAUACGUGUAAAUAUCUGCAAUAAAACGCUGCCUGGUGACUAUUUAUGUCUCUUUCUCUUUUCCAUCCAUCUGCCUAGCGCCUCUAGCAUUUUUGUUUUAUAUACAGUGGAGGAGAAACAUGAAUAUGAAACAAGACAAUGCCUAGCUUGACUGAAACAAAUAUUAAAGAAUUUGAAAAAAGAAAAAAGCCUUCCAGUAGGCCCCAUAGAAGUGCAAGGAGCCAAAGUCCCUUGCAUUCAACCCUCUUAUGCAUUAUCUCUCUCAGAAACAAUAACAAUAUUUAGCUUUUACAACUCAACCAGUUUCUUUUUCUUCCAUAUCUUUUUGCAGAGAUAAGGUCUUUCCAAAUACUGUAUAUGGAUUUGUCGAGCCACAUUACUACAAAUUUGUUAUAUGCACGUACGGUUUUGAGUCACUUCGAAAUCUUUUGCAACUUGCAAGAGCAUUGAAUGACAAACUUGCAGUUUGAAAGGAUACCAUGGAGGGCCAAUGUGCAAUAAAGAAAGAUGUCACCGAAUUAAUCGGAAAUACCCCAAUGGUGUACCUGAACAAUGUUGUGGAAGGUUGUGUAGCUCGUAUUGCUGCCAAGCUAGAGACGAUGGAACCCUGCUCUAGUGUUAAAGACAGGAUUGCACAUAGUAUGAUCAAGGAUGCGGAGGAUAAAGGUCUAAUAACUCCGGGAAAGACUGUUCUCAUUGAGCCCACAGGUGGCAACACUGGCAUUGGAUUAGCAUUCAUAGCAGCUAUCAAGGGUUACAAGCUGAAGCUAGUCAUGCCAUCAUCAUUUAGUCUUGAAAGAAGAAUUGUGCUCCUAGCUUUUGGAGCUGAGGUACACCUCACAUAUGGGGAAAAAGGUGUUCAGGAAGUUCUUGAUAAGGCCGAGGAGUUGCUACGUGAAACACCCGAUAGUCAUAUGCUUCAGCAAUUUGAAAAUCCUGCCAAUCCAAAGAUUCAUUACGAAACCACUGGGCCGGAGAUAUGGAGAGACUCAGCAGGGAAAGUUGAUAUCUUGGUUUCAGGGAUAGGAACCGGUGGCACAGUAACCGGUAUAGGGAAAUUUCUUAAAGAGCAAAAUCCAGAGAUCAAGGUGUAUGGUGUAGAACCAGUUGAGAGUGCAGUCUUGAAUGGUGGUCCACCUGGAAAGCAUCUGAUCCAAGGAAUCGGUUCUGGCUUCAUUCCUCAAGUUCUUGAUGUUAGCCUGCUAGACGAAGUUAUUCCAGUAUCCGGUGAGGAAUCUAUUGAGACUGCUAAGCUACUUGCCUUAAAAGAAGGUCUUUUGGUGGGAUUCUCAUCUGGUGCUGCAACAGCAGCAGCAAUAAAGUUGGCAAAAAGGCCGGAAAAUGCCGGAAAACUAAUAGUUGUCGUGUUCCCCAGUUGUGGAGAGCGGUAUCUGUCUACUGAACUCUUUGAUACCAUUAGGCAUGAGGCAGAAAACAUGACUUUUUGACAGCGUUGCCUAUAAUUGAAAUAAUACAUAGACUAGUUCUUGUUUGUAUGGCAU